AUGCAAGAGUCCAUCAUAGCAUAUCUGGUAGGCAUCGCCAACCUCUCAGCAGCGGCGUUGGACGCGCAGCUCGUCCUUUCUCCGAUCGCCGAGGUCACGAGUGUGUCGCCCCCGCACGGCGAUCACAGUAUCGAUGGGAGAAUAUUGGCUGCAAUAAAGAACUACGGGGACCCAGUCGCCGCGUAUGUCUCGCUCCAGAGUGAGGAUAUUCGAGCGGAGACUGAAGCGGUACUGGCUGAGCCGCGUCUCUUGCAGAUAAUGAGCGCAGCCAAGCCAGAGUGGAUGACUAAGGGAGACAAAAUGCGACUGCGUAGAAAUGGGACAAAUUUCAUGGAUAUCACUGAACAUGAAGAGUUUUAUGCGGAGCAGGUGCACGAUGCGGCGACCGAGAAGCCAAGUGAGCUUUCUGGGGAGCAUUCCAGAUGA